AUGAGUAUUGAAUGCCCGGAAUGCAAAGCAUUACAUUGGAUAGAUGAGAAAGUAGCAGGAUCUCGACAUGCUCCAAUUUUCAGCACCUGUUGUGCAAAAGGCAAGGUGAAACCACCUGCCAUUGCUUCACCACCUGAAUUAUUAGAAAUGCUUCUCACAGAAGAAAGUCCGCAAGCACAUGAUUUUCGAAAAAGAUUCGUAUUUAUAAUUCUAUACUUGCAUUUACUUCCAUGGGUGCCAAAAUCGAUGAACGUGUUAUCGGAACACAAGCUAAAAUUGCAUUCUAUUGCAAAUCAUCCAAAAAUUAUCGAAUUUUUUGGAUUGUGUUAUGAUACAAAAGACGAUCUUUACUUCCUUCUCAUGGAACUUGCAGAUGAUGGGAACUUAAGAGAAUAUAUGACCAGAAAUAGAGAUUACAUCUCAUGGCUUGAUAAGAUAAGGCUUGCAA